AACCCAGGAAAUACUCCAUUCAGAGUCUCGGUGGAAACCGGUUACUUGUUUCCUUGUAGAAUCUCUCCCCUUCCUUCUAAGUAGUUCCAUUAUUAUUAUUAUUCCUAACCCUAACCUAACUUAAACUAAACUAAACCCUUUCACACACUUGUUCUUCAAUCAAGUUUCUUCCCAAAACGACCAUGCCGUUUCCGUGGAAGAAAAACCGCGUCCCCCGAAUCUCCCAAUUCGUCGCCGAUCUCCAAUCGCCAAAACGCGGCGGUUCCCUCGUCGUCGAGACCGGCUUCCCCACCUCCCUCAUCGACCUCUUCGUCAAAAACCAAAGCCGCUUCCAAAAACACCGCUCCAAAAAACCGCCACCGCCAAAAUCCCUCUCCGCCACCGAUCCUCCGCCGCCUCCUCCACCUCCACCGCCCUCUCCGGCCACUUCUCCGCCUCCCUCACGCGUCCCCGCCGUCCCAACCACUCCAGUAGAGCAAGACGACACCGCCGUUUCCGCUCCGGAUCGAAUUACCGAAUGCUCUGGCUCUCACUGGUCUCGUGUGAACGCCGUCGUCCUCGUUGCAAAGAUUCUGAUGGUGUUGGUCUUAGUCGCGAGCGUGGAGAGGCUCACCGUCGGAAUCACCGCGUCGGCGUUCGCGCUUCUGCUUCUCGAAUACGCAGGGCUGCGGCGCGCCGUCGUUUCGUGUUCUGUCGCAGAAUCGCGGUGGCGGUGGUUCCAGAAGGUUCCGAGGAAGGAGCGUGUUGUUGUUGAGAGAAUUGAAUUCGAAUUCGCCGAAUUGAACAAGGGUUUGUCAAUCGAUGAAAUUGAGGUUGUGGAAACAACCAACGAAGGGGGGAUUUGUUGCAGUGAAAUUGGUGACGUGGCAUUGAAGGUUUUGGAGCCGUGUUUAUGUGAUGAAGAUGUUUCUGAAUGCAAGAUUAGACCUAGCCGAAGUGGUAGGUUUAGGUCGAAGAUGGUGAAGCUUGUUUCUAAGAAAUUUCGUGGGUCUAAGAAAAAGAAUAAACACAAUGAGGGUGAGUCAGGUAGUGAAAUUUCAAGUGCUGUGGGAGAAGAAAAGUUACCAAUUUUAGAAAUUGAAGAGGAAGAGGAGGAAGAGAAUGGGGAUAAUAAGUCAAGUAACACUAAACCUGAUUGUGGAAUCACUUGUUCCUAUGAGAAGAAAGUGAAUAGAGUUGAGAAUUCAGGUUCUUCCAUGGUUUUAGUUAUGAUUAUUGCCCUUGUUGGGCUUCUUUUGGGUCGUUUUCCAGCAUUGGUACUUUUGAUGACAUGGUGUUGCUUGAUGAAGAUACUUGGGAUUCUAUGGAGAACACAGAAAGUGCCUAUGAAUAUGAUCAAGUGUUCUGUUUCAAACUCUUGAUGGGAACAAGUUUUUGUGUUUUUUACUUUUUUUAUUCCCACUUUGUUUCUGGAUUAUGAUACACAGCUGGUAAAAAUUUCAUGUUUAGUCUAGAAAGACUGAGGAGAGGAUUAUUCCCAUGAUAGGAACUCCAACCAUUUGUUGGGAAUCCAACUUCAUGCGUUGUACUUUGAAAUGUAAAUUUAUAGAUAGAUAGAUACUAAUCAUAGUCAAUACAUUCUUUCUUUGUCUAUGAUGUUAAUUAGUUAUUCUUAUGAUGCGUUGUUUUAGAUUGAUGGCAAAAGAUUGAAAAGGUUGAAAUGAAAUGAGAUGACAAGGAAGACAUUUGUUUAGAUGUUAGAAGAUGCAGUUAAGUUAGGAAGGAAUGGAACUUCUGGUGACUUUAA